CCACCCGCACGUGGAGCGGCGCUGACGCAUCCACCACUUUAUCUAACAACAACUUUGCCCAUUCAAGCGUCAUGUGUGAAACAGUUCUCCUCGGAGCAACCAUCGACAAGUGCAGUGCUUACAGUUUUACGUCUCCGAGUGUUGUGCAGAGUGCAUGGAUUUCUCGGGAAUUUUGCUGAGCUGCAGUCUUGAGAAUAAAUAGCGAAACUCGUAAACUUUAUACCGUGCAAACAAAUUAAUCCAAAAAUUACAUACACAGGUUAAUAAUAGACAAUUUUGAGAAAUUACUCAAAAUGCCAGAACUGGGUCCAAUUAUGCGGGCGAUCGAGUUGCAGAGGAUAUUAGAAGACAAAGUCUCAGAGUGGCGCGAGAGGUCAGCGCGGGUCGCCGGCUCAAGCGUGGCCGACUCUUAUCAGCAGCCACUCAACUUCAAACGGCACACAAACAGGCGUAAAAACAGCGCAGAAAUUAACAGAAUUAUCGCAAAGUACUCCAGACCCUACAAUAGGACGGACGAGCGAUUCCCCGUGGCCGCGAAGAAGAUACCCGCCCCCUCUAAAAAGGCCCCUGCGCCUGCGAUACCCACCCCGGAGCGCCCGCCGAGACCCAAGAAACAGCUGGCCAACUUAAAAAUACUCUCAAGAAGUGAAGACAAUAUAGCUAGUGUAGUCGGUGCCAUGGAACUGCAUCCAGACCCAACAGAAAAAAACAAAUCGCGGUCCCUCUUCAGAUAUAACGCCAAGAGUUGCGAGGACAUAACCGCUUUUGUUAACGUCGAACAUAACAUAAAAAGUCAAAACUUCGAGGAAAACAGCAUACUCAAUGCAAAGCCGGUUCGGAGAAAUUCUAGGCUGAAGCUGCAUAGCAUUUGUGAGGAUAUUUCAGUCAGGAAUGACAGUGGAGUGGAAGUGAGUUUUCGGCCUGAUUUCGCUACGUCUACACCUUUAUCUCACAGAAAGAGUGGUGUAUCAAGUGAUUCUGUGUCAGUGGUCAGUUUUGAUAAGUGUGCUAAAUACAAUAGUGUUGGUGAACUGAGGAGAGGUAGUUCGGAGCCGGACAUUUUAGAUGUGAACUCUAGCAGAGAGUCGGUGGAGGCGAAGAGUACGGGCACGAAGAAGCGGUGGAAGUUGCUGAAGCCACCUUUCAGGAAAAAUGCCCUGGACUGCCUGUUGCUGUGGCGUCCCAAAAAACCUCGACCGGACAACACGACAAACAGAAUUCAAGAAGUGGACGACAGUUUCUUCGAGAAGUUCGGGUCUAUUUUGAGGCAGGCUUCACAAAGGGCUGCGUUAGAGGAGGCGACUCCAUUAGCCCCGCUCAAAGAGGCAGAAGAGCAAGAUGGAGAACAGAAAAUCGAAACGGACUUGCAGAGCGAGAGCCAGAGCUUGGCCAGAGACUCCGACAGCGGGAACGAGACCUUACUCGACACAGACUCGGAACCCGAUGAUCCGGACAAAAUAGAUCUCUACGUGGAGGCCGUCGGCUGGAAUAUUGAUGAGCUCUACCUUGAGGUAUUGUAUGAGAUUUUGCACAAUGUCGGGGGAUGUGACGUAGGGUGCGAGGUGGGUGAGCAGGCGAUGUUGUCAUACGUCCAAGAAGCUUUCAAGAUAUCGAACGAUAAACACACAGAACUGCUGACUCAGGCGGAGGCGAAGGAGCCUCCGGAACUUAUGCUGAAUGUGGAAGUCAUAGAAGCGAAAGACCUCGUGCCCAAAGACCCCAAUGGUCUCAGCGAUCCGUUCGUCACGAUAUAUCUGAUGUCAAAUUCAUCGCAUAGGUACAACACUUCGGUGAAGUCAGGAACCCUCAAUCCGUUAUGGGAGGAGCAUUUUUCUUUACCGAUGCCCGGAAACCUACACGAAGACUCGCUUUGUUUAGAAGUUUGGGACUUCGAUCCUGCUGAGACGGUGAAGGAGAAAAUGACGAAGAUAUUCGAAGUCAAAGGUGUGAAGGGUCUUCGGAAACUGAUGAAGGAGAUUGCCAUCACGGCAUCCACUGGGAAACACGACAAUGAGCUUAUCGGCACGUCAAAUAUACCGCUAAAGUCCAUCCCGGCCGGCGGCAUGACAAUGUGGUUCAACUUGAGCAAGAAGAGCAAGUUACGUCGCCAGGGAGUGGUCAAAGUGCGCCUGAACUUCUCCUCCGAGAAGAACUCGCAAGUGGCAGCACAGGAACACCGACAUCUGCUGAGGAUACUGCUGCUGCAUGAGCUGGAGAGCUCGAAGGUGGCGCCAUUCUGGUGGUGCGGCAACUUCAGCGCGCCGGCCGAAGCGAUCCUCACACAGCAUGCCGCUCAGAGCGGUCUCACGCCAACCGACAACUGUCUCGCGCAGUGGAGCGUGUUCUGCGCAGUCACACCUGACCACCCGCUCAGUUUCGCGCUGUUCAACCAGCUGUUGGAUAAGCUGACCAAGCCGUUGCAGUCUGGGCUCGUCAGUGAAGAGGAUGGAAAGCUUUUCUGGGACGGCGCCAAGAAGCUACUCCCAACCUGUUACAGCCACAUCAGGAAACUGAGGAAAAAGACUGCCGGCGACAAAACUGUGAUGAAAACGCUCAGAGAAGUGCUGAAGAUUCUGUACAAACUAUCAGUAUUGGACCAGCCAGAGACCGUCGAUUUAUUUCCUUCCACGUUGUAUGGGUGGUUGAGAGAAGGCCAAAAGUUGACCAUCCAUGAGGUGUUGAACCAAGCAGUCAUUCAAGGCGCUUCGGACUGGUUUGUUCAUAUACUGGACAAUAAUGAGUGCAAAGACAAGACGGAGGAUUCCAGGCUUCAGCAUCUUAUUAGAGUAAUACAGUUAGUGCGGUCUGAUCUGCAGCGAGCAGUCGAAUACUAUGAUAGAGUAUUUGUUGAAGUAAUGUCGUUCCCAUAUUCGAAGUCGUUGUACGGUCUAUACGAGAACAAGAUAUCAUCGUUAGUAGAGCCUGAGGUCAUACAAGUGUGCGAGAGUUUGGCUCGGGUGAAGAUUGGCUCGACCAGUAGUGUGCAUUUAGCUGGAGGGGAUAAUGGAAACAGCGAGACGGAAUCAAUGGCGAUGGGCACUACGCUCUUUGAGCUGUAUUUGACGUUGCAGAGGUUUUUAACCUUAGGACAAGGUCUAAACGAGACAGAAUGGAGUAACUACUCCAUAUCCCAGUUCCACUCAUGGUUCUUUGGAGGCGUUGCCAAGUGGCUGGAGAUAGCUGCAGAGAAAGCCAAGACCCGCGUCGAGAAAGCCGUGGAUUUGGACAACUUGGUUCAAGUGGACACCAACGUCAAGUAUAGCAGUUCAGGAGUGGACACGCUGGCUAUAUUCUACCAGAUCAAGAUAUUCUGGCAACAGCUGGCGUGGCCUGACGUGGAAGGCUGCUAUACUUUUGUAGCUAAAAUCAUUGAUGACAUCUGCCGUUGCUGCGUAACAUACGCGGACAAAAUGGAGAAGCGCGUUAGCGACAUUGGCACUGUGACCACAGUUUACGAAGAGCGCUUCGAGGUGACCACCGAGUGGUGCGUGGCCAUAAACAACAUAGAUUACGUGCGGCAGAGUUUGGAGCCGUUUGUCCAGGAGUUGGGCAUGGAGGAGAUUAUACACAAGAUGUGCGAGGCGAAAUCUCCUAUUGAGGCGCAAAGAUGUAAGCAAACGUUACAGAAUGUGAUGGCUAAUGCAAUAGACACUGUAAAUAACAAAAUUGUAGAUCUGCUACAGGAAAUGGUUAAAAGGAUGAUGCCAUCAAUAAAACGUUUCCUAGUAGAAGGGGCUGAACUGCUCCACCAAGACUGUUCCAGCAUGGACCGCGUCAUGCGCUACCUCGAAGCAAACCUCGAUACUCUUUACCAGCAUUUAAACAACGAAAACUUCUCCAGAACCUUAGAAAUCGUGUGGAAACAACUUGGCGACGUAUUGUAUGAUCUCAUCCAACUCAACAGAGAGCGCCGAAGACAAAAGAUAUCACGCUAUAUCGACCCGCGGCGCUUGAGCAAAACGGACGCCGUCCACUUAGAGCGUGCGAAACGCCGUCCACCAAGUUUCUUUUCAAAUCUCCACGAGUGUUUGAACAUUAUGAUCCAAUCGUUCCGUCAAGAUAACAAGGAGAUUGAGAAAGACGACACUUUGAAGAAGGUGGAGUAUUUGUUGAAGCUGAACGGUAUGGAGACUAGAGAACUGAUUCAUCAGUACUACCUAGAAAGGUGGCAGGAGCAACAGGCGAUCACUGAACCCAAGAUGGGCAUGUUGACUGUGAGAGCGCAGUUCAUUGAGGAUAAUUUGAAAAUUGAGAUCAUGAACGCGAGGAAUUUAACGCCUGCGGAUUCUAAUGGUCUCUGCGAUUCCUACGUCCGAGUUUCCUUACUGCCGGAAGACUCGUUUGCGAAUGUAGUGAAGCCGAAAACACAAACACACAACAAGAAUCUCUUCCCGCUCUACGAUGAGAUGUUUAUUAUACCCCUCACCCACGAGCAGCGUCGCGAAGCGGACGGUCUGAUGCAGUUCGUUAUCAAGGACAAGGACAUGUUCAGCGUCAGCAACACUUUCGUGGGAGAGGCGUAUCUUCACUUCAGCGAGGUGCCAGACACGCCCGCGCCUAUAUCGAGUCUGCCUCAGCAAUUAUUGCCACUUAGCAGGCCGAGUAACUUAGAUGGAGAGGCGAUCAAGGCACUAGAGACGCGACAAGGUGACAAGCAAGCACGAGAGUUCCUCAAGAAACUAAGACAGAAGAUGCCCAACAAACAGUCGAUGUUCUCGCUCGGUUGAAGACUCCAUGCUACUCUUCUGAUUUGAUCGGUGGAUAUUUGCAAGUGUGUUUUGGCUGUGUUAUGGUUUUUAACAAUACAUAGAAAAGGAGACGAAAUCUACAAAUGGAAGGUUAAGCUUGAUUUAAAUGAUAUUCUCGGUCGUUUUGAAUCAAGUAGGAAUAUGUUUAACAAGAUUUCAUUCUAGAGAAGAAUCAAAAUCGCAUGCAUUUCAAGGUAAAGUUAGGUAGACAUCAAAAGAAAUUGAAUCUUACUAUGCAUAUUCCUAGAAUGUGUACCGAUCAUUCUGUAUAAAUGUAAAAAGAGUUAAAAGUAAGGAUACCCUUUUUAAGCUUACGAUUUUACGUUUACUUUAUUAUUAUACACGUAUUGGAAUGUGUAAAAACAAUGUAAUUGUUUUGUAUGUAAGUACAAUGAAUGUGUUCGAGCUAAAAUUUUGCGAGGUGCUAUCCUAUUACAUAAUAUGUUUGCGGUACGUAUAUUGUAGAUUACAUUUCUAUGUAUCCUUGAGAUUAGAAGCGAGUAUUUUAAUAAUACUUGCCUUUGCAUUACUACUGCUUUUAUGUUAAUGUAAGUACUGUAACUUAGGCAAUACGAAUAGACUGAAAUAUUUUCUUCAUUGCAAUAAUUUACUAUGAGUUUUGUGCAAUUGUUGUGAAUGUGAGAAAACUUUACGAGAAUCUCGAAGCAAAUUUAACUGGUCAUAUCAUUGGGACAAUAAAAUUAAUAUUAGCUUGUAUUUAUUUGUACUAAUAACAAAUUAUUUAUGUAAAGAUCUCAGUACAGGCAAGAUGAACCCUAAAUUCAUUUAAUUGAGACUACAAAUUUGUUUUCGUAGUCAUUCAUAGAAUUUAUAUUAAUUACCAUAAGAAUUGUAUCGCGAAUCGUCUUAUAAUAAGUUAUUUCUAAUUUUAUCGAAAGUUUGAAAGUACAAGGCUAUGAUGACGUGACUGUGUUUAGUUUUAAAAUGGCCCCGACCCGUAUUCUGAAACUACUCUCAAAAUAAGGUUGAAUCAUAGAGUUAAACCUGGGAUUUAUUUCUAAAUACGGGCCUAGUCUGCAAGAUUAUGAUUCGUGUCUAGUUUAAUAGUUUUACACUCUAGUAGAUUUAUAAGGAAGCCGGUAGGACAUAAUCGGAAGUUGUACGUACAGUCAUGAAUAAUAAACAGCCAGGUAAUAUAAUAAUUUCACGCGCGAGAUUGAUGAAUUUACUACCUAGCUAGAUUUAAUUGCUAAUACUUUUAAUGAUUAAAUUAAAACAUCGUUUUACAUUCCUUGUUUUCAUGCUUGCUAUUAUUGAAAAGUCUUUAUCUCCACUUUAUAUACGUAGUUUUGGAUCCAUGUAAAUAGCGAAAUGUGUAUUUUUAUAUAAACAAUAUUGAAUAUUGCGUGAG